AUGCAUAACGGUAAACUAUGUAGAGCUGUCUUCUUGGAUCUGUCAAAAGCCUUUGACACAGUAAACAACACGAUUCUAAUGAAUAAACUAUCUUCAGCUGGUGUUCGUGACAACGAUCUCAAAUGGUUUAACUUUUACUUGUCAUCAAGAUACUUAUGCACUACUUGUGGCUUAGAAGUAUCACAGCCAUUACCAUGCAACAUUGGUGUACCUCAGCGAAUUCCUGAUAYAGAAGAUAAGCUUAAUGAAGAUCUCAAGCUGGUUGGUGAUUGCAAGAGAAAGAUCAACAUCUCCACCAUCUCCAUACUGGUCCGCCUCAAAGACAUCGAGAAAGUUCAAGAAUUCAAGUACCUUGGUGUGGUCUUUUCCAGCAAUAUGUCUUGGUCUGCUCAUGUUGAAAAACAGAUGACCAAAAUCAACAAACACCUUGGUCUCCUAAAGCUAAUCAAACAUCUCCUGCCUAAAUUCGCUAGACUCUUGUAUUUCAACAGCUUGGUCCUACCGCUUUUUGAUUAUGGUGAUACUGUUUGGGGAGAUAAAGAUAAUACCACGCUUAUGGAAUCUCUUCAAACCCUGCACAACAAAGCGGCCAAGAUCAUCCUGGAUCGUCCUCCACACUCCUCAGCAUUUGAUGCUCGGGAAGAACUUCAUUGGAUGGAACUCAGUAAGCGCAGAUACUACCAUCGAUGUUUACAUAUAUACAAAUGUAAAAACAGAUUAUUAUCAUCAAAUCUAAAGCUGAAUAAGCUCAAUCAGCAUGGCUACAACACGAGUCAUGAAGCGAGUUUCGCUUACCACGACCCAACUGGGGAAAACAAACAAUGCAGUAUCAAGCCAUGAAAGAAUGGAACAAUCUGAGUGACACACUUAAACAGUGUUCUAAGAUUAGCCAUUUUAAAUCGAAUUCCUUUUAAACCUGUAAACCUAAAUAAUUUGAUCUUUUCAUCUUUUACAUUUUUACAUACUAGUAAUAAUGAUGUUGACUUUUCAGUAACGAGCUGGUUUCCAUAUUCAACCUCCAAAUUCUCUUUUUACAUGUUAUUGUCAAAAUAUCUUAUUUAUCAGGACCUUCUUGAAAUCACAUUUAUAAGUGAAGAAGCUAGAUUCCUGUUAAAAUGUGAAUGUAAAUAAACUAUCUUUAGAACAUCCCUUAUAAUGACAUCUGCGGAUGUUAGAACCAAUCAGGUACUGUUUUGGUCCGGUGCUACCUUGCUCUCUUUGGAUCUAUUUUUAGCUCCCUCUUAUGUCUUAACCAUAACUUAGUAUAUAGAGCUAGGUAGAAUAUUUCUAUUUUAGAACAUCUCUGAUUUUAGGAUAUAGAAUAGAUGCAAUGUUUAUUAAACAGUAGUGUCGAGUCAGCACCAGUGUUUGGAACCGAAACAAGGCCAGAAAGAAAACAACCUAAACUCGCACAUCGUCCUAUAAUCUGAUCACAUUGAUGGAUAAAAUUAUUGGACUGUCAAAAUGAGACACUGAUCUACAGGUAGCAUGAAGUGGAUAAAACUACACGAAGACGAACCCACAGUCCGAGUCAUUGCCGAGGAGAAUAUGGCUAAUGAAGCCCUAACCACAGUUGUGGACCAGUAAAAGCAAUGUAAUAUCGAUAGCCUAGAGAAAUCCAUAAAAACAAGCAAAGAUGGCAAACAACAAGCGAAAGAAUGUUAAAGUACUCGAAGUCCAACCCGUAGUGUAUAAAGGAACAUACAUACAUACAUACA